CACGGGGCAAACACAGAGCGUCCAGGGCCAAGGCGGACGUGUGUUUGACGUGUGUUUGGCGUUUUGGGACCUAUUUUUUUGUUUGUGGCUGAAUCAAGAUGGGGGCCCGUCAGUCCUUCUCCACUGGUGGAGUCUCAGAUGAGGUGUGGUGGGAAUGCGAGGCCGGGGACGUGGAGACCGCUCUUGAUGCAGCGACAGUGGACCUUCCUUCGCCAGCCGCUGAUACUGAGCUGAUUGUGCGCUCUGAUUCUCGGUAUUGCCGGCCCCACGUCGCUGUGAUGAUGAGUGAAGGCAUGCACGGCUCCCCUCCCCCUCCACCCCCUGGAAAGGAGCAAGACAGCAACAGGAAGACCAGCAUAGCCGUGUUCGACAUCGACACGUUCUUCCCCAUCACUCUCAGCCACCACCAGCAGCAGCAGCAUCGCGGCUCGGCCGGGACUGAUUCCGACCCCACCCCUCUGCACCACCAGGCGUCUGACGCCGUGACGCUGUCCCUCCCCCCUCCCAUCGCGACGGUCACCAGCGACGUGCUCUUCGCCACGAGCGGCCCUCAGCUGAAGGUCGAUGAUGAUGCAGAGGGGGAGGGGGAGGACGAGAGGGCUGAGGACCCCCAGGGCGGCAUGAAGGAGGCCUUACCGGUGCGUUGGUUUGGUGGGUGGACAGGCCCAUCAUCGUGCGCACGUGUCUCUGUGUCCGUGUCCGUGUGUGUGUGUUUGGUACAGAUGGGCGGUGCGUACGAGUUGGCAGAGCACGACCGUCCCGCGUUCUUCAGGUGGUUCAUGCAGCGCUUCUUCCUCGACUACGCCAACGGCAGGGUCACCGCCACACGAGUGCACCUGAGCACCGACGCUGACCUGAUGCCGCAGCAGCGUCGUGGCACCGAGGUCUUCAAGCGGGCCAGCGUGCAUGUGGAGGAGCGGCCACAGCCACUGCACCCUUCCGGCACCGUCAGCAGCGAGGCCCCUGCGGCGUCUGACCCCCCCGACGCCCCAGUGGCCAUCGACGCGCGACGGUCCAGCAACAGACCCCGGUGUGUCUCCUUUCGAGUCCCCACACGAAAACGGGAAAGACACCUCGUUUGAUGGGCUCCUGCAUCUCUGUCAGGCUGUCGACGUCGCAGUGCCAGCUGUUUCUCGACCGCAAGGCCUCCAUCCUGACGCUGCAGGAGCGGACAGAGGCGUCCGCGAUGCUGCUGGGCAAGGUGGAGUCAGUCAGUCCGGGGGCCUUGUCGCUGCCUGACGACUGCACCGGCAGCGAGCGGCUGACGGACGUGCUGCCUGAGCUGUGUGUGGAGGUGUACACCUCGGCCGUGAGGCGAAGAGACACACCGUGAGCCAAAGGAGAGAGAGAGAGAGAGAGAGAGUCAGGCAGGCAGCCACUCAGGGAGAGCUCCUCAGUACAUGCGAGAAUGGUUGUGUCGGUCUGCGGAUGGAUGGAUGAUGGUGUAGGCAUGCGCGUCUGGUGUUUCGGACGGAGCGGGAGAGGAACAGGUUUGUGCUGGCCAUUCGGUCGCUGGCCAUGUACCACCAGCUCAAGGCCGACACCGGCCAGCUGACGCGGCAGACGAGCGGCACCAAGACCAUCGCCACAUCCGGCAGCAGAACCAGCAUGGGCGGCUGACCUUUGAGUGUGUGUGUGUGUGUGUGAAUGUGGGUGUGUUUUGUGUCGUCAGUGAGAUAUGGACGGAUCAGUG